AUGGUAUUCAAAUCCAUCUCGCAUUUUCAGCUUUACAAAACAUACUAUGGCAAAGGAGUCAACAUUAACAUCCUCCUCCCCGCUAUCUUCUACUUCUCUCUAAUGCUCUUCAGUUAUUUUGGGAACGGUCUUAUAAUCAGCGCCACAAUAAUAAACAAGAACCUUCAUGGAUCCUACAACAUCUUCGUCAGCUUGGCCUGCUUGGGCGACAUAAUGCAUCAGAGUUGUCAUUGGGCGUUUUUCAUCAACAUGGUCAGCGGAAAUAACUUUAUUCCUUACAACAUCUGUUUUUAUAUCCAAUCUUUCUUCCUUAUGGGUGCUACAGUCAGCAUUAUGAUGACGUUCUUCGUUGGGGUAGAUCGAUUUUUGGGAGUGAUGUUCCCAACUUUUUAUCGAAACAUGCGAAUUGGGAUUUAUAUCGGGAUUACUGUGGUGAUUACCGCAGCGUUUUCGCUAUACGAUCUGUAUCUGGCUUUGAUGCAUGUUUUCACACCGUAUGGAAAGGAGUAAGUCAAGUCUUGCGAGUCUGUUAGACUUUUCCCUAAGGCAAUAAAGGCGUCUGUUUACAGGCCAGUAAUGUGCGUUAUAAUCGAUGCCAUGGGAGGUAAUGCGGCCGAUUUCUGGUUCGAUUUAUGUGUUAUCCUCACAAUUCUGGACGUCUUGCUGUAUUCAGCCGUCUACAUCAAGCUCCGUCUGACAACAUCGGCCUCGGACAACAUGCGCAAGGUGUUCCGGUCGUUGGCCGUGAUGAUGGUGUUCGUUGUGGUGGGCUGGAUGCUCAAUGCAUUCGUAAGAUCAAUUCUACUUCCCUAUGCCGGUAUUCCCAUCGAAUACUGGUUUUAUUUCGCCGAUUAUUUUGGGCUUUUUUGUAAUAUCGCAAGCUCAACAAAUGUCAUCAUUUUGUACACUAUGAGGUAAGAAACAGCAAGUUGAAAGCUUCUUUGGAGCACUGUGUAUUAUUUUAUGUUUCAGCAAAGAAUACCGUUCAACCUUCCAGUCCAUAAUUGGCCGAGUAAUACCGGCCGUGAAGGAGGCGAGCGGGAGAACGAAGUUGUAUGUGGGAAAAUCGUCUGUGACGCCCGCAAAGGGUCAGAUUUGA